UACUACUGGCAUCUCCACCCCCCACUCCAUCGAUCACACCCUCUUCUCCGCCCAAGCACUCCAUCCAUGGCCAAGCUCUUCCUCUUCAGGCCAUGCCAUGGCGGCAACCUCCUCUCUCCCUUCCCUUCGACGAUCUCCCCCUUCUCCAGACCCUUCUCUGUCCUCCCUUCCCCAUUCUCCAUCCCUCGCCUUCACAUGCACAACAAGAGGCGGUUCCCCUUUCGUGCCCUUGAGUCGUCCGCUGACGCCAAGAAGGAGGAUGAUCAGGUUGCUGAGAAGAUCGUCGAUGGUGUUCCUACAUUCGCUGCUGCUGCUACUGCUUCUGAAGAGGAGAUGAAGGUCGGAUUAGACGGGAAUGAUGGGGAUUACCCCAUGGGAGAGUUUGAGAUGCAGAAGUUUGAUUGGUGGAAGUCCUUUCUUGUGAAGCUUCGUUUGCUCUUUGCGUUGCCGUGGGAGCGUGUCAAGAAGGGUAGCGUUCUGACUAUGAAUCUACGUGGCCAGGUUUCUGAUCAGCUAACAAGAAGACCCUUCAGUUCUGGUUUAUCAUUACCUCAGAUUUGUGAAAACUUCGUAAAAGCAGCUUAUGAUCCUCGCAUUUCUGGUAUAUAUUUGCAUAUAGAACAGUUGAGCUGUGGAUGGGGCAAGAUUGAAGAAAUAAGAAGGCAUAUUAUAAAUUUUAAGAAGUCAGGCAAGUUUAUAAUAAGCUAUACUCCGUCUUGUGGAGAGAAAGAGUAUUAUCUUGCAAGUGCUUGUGAAGAGAUAUAUGCCCCGCCUAGUGCUUAUGUUUCGUUAUACGGCUUGGCUGUUCAAGCCUCAUUUCUUAGGGGAAUUUUUGAUAAAGUUGGAAUUAUACCUGAAAUUCAGCGGAUUGGUAAAUAUAAGAGCAUUGGAGAACAAUUAUCAUCUAAAAGCAUGUCAAAAGAAAAUUGUGAAAUGCUGACUUCAUUGCUUGAUAAUAUCUAUGGAAAUUGGUUGGAUACAAUUGCUUUGACUCAAGGAAGAAAGUGUGAAGAAAUUGAGGACUUCAUCAAUAGUGGAGUUUACCAAGUUGAUCGACUGAAAGAAGAAGGUUGGAUAACGAACAUAUUAUAUGACGAUGAGAUUAUUUCAAUGCUCAAGCAAAGACUGGGAAAGAAGGAGAAGGAAAAACUUCCAAUGGUUGAUUACAGAAAGUAUUCUAGAGUAAGAAACUGGACCCUUGGUUUGGAAGGUGCUGGACCCCAGAUUGCAAUCAUAAGAGCCUCUGGAAGCAUUAGUCGUACUCGUGGCCCACUAAGCCUUCCUGGUUCUGGUAUUAUCAGUGAAGAACUAAUUGAGAAGAUUCGCACUGCUGGAGAUUCCGAAAGGUAUAAGGCAGUUGUCUUACGCAUUGACAGCCCUGGCGGUGAUGCUCUUGCCUCUGAUCUAAUGUGGAGGGAGAUCAAGCUUCUUUCUGCUCGUAAACCUGUGAUUGCAUCAAUGUCUGAUGUUGCUGCAAGCGGAGGAUACUACAUGGCCAUGGCAGCGGGAGCAAUUGUUGCAGAGAAACUUACAGUAACUGGAUCUAUUGGAGUUGUUACAGGAAGAUUCAGUUUGAAAGGACUAUAUGAGUCAAUUGGCUUUAACAAAGAAGUAAUAUCAAGGGGAAAAUACGCGGAGCUUAAUGUUGCUGAACAACGUCCUCUUAGACCAGAUGAAGCAGAGCUGUUUGCAAAAUCUGCACAAAAUGCAUAUAAACAAUUUCGAGACAAAGCAGCUUCAUCAAGAUCAAUGACUAUAGAUCAGAUGGAGGAGGUUGCUCAAGGGAGAGUUUGGAGUGGCAAAGAUGCAGCUUCCCGAGGAUUAGUUGAUGCCAUUGGUGGGUUCUCCCGGGCUGUUGCCAUUGCAAAGCAAAAGGCAAAUAUACCACAGGAAAAACAGGUAAGGUUGGUAGAGCUGCCCCAAAAAUCACCAUCCUUACCUGCAAUAUUGACCGGCAUCGGAUCCUCAUUACUGGGCCUGGACAAGACUGUGAAGGAAGUCAUACAAGAUAUACCACUCUCCAGUUCUUCAACAGUUCAAGCUAGAAUGGAUGGCAUUUUGUUCGAGAAAUUGGGCUGUGGAACCAAUAACAACCACCCAAUAUUGGAUCUUAUAAAGGACUUUUCUAAAUUCAUUUUGAUACAAACAGCUUCAUAUGAUGUUUCUUUUGCGGUAUCUUUUUUAACAAUGAUGUGUGUUCCCAGGAUGAUCUGAUAAAAUUUAAAGAGAAAAAAAAAAGGUUAUACAGGUAUACUCCGGCACGCGGUUGGAGAAGCAAGCAAGGAGGUAUGAAACCUUAUGCAAACAACAUUCAUUGCCAGGCAGAUAGGUUAUGUAUAGCUUCUUCUUUAUAAAA